AACAUCACUUAUAGAACAUCACUUGGACUUCAGUAGUCCGCAUCAACACACAUCACCAUGGCUCAACCAAUGCCCGAAUACCAACAACAAUUCUCCAACGAGUCUCCUCACGACUCAGACAAAACUCUUGAGCGUCAGACAACUGCUGCCCAUCAACAAGCUCAUCCUCAUCUCUAUCCCCAUCCCUCAAAUAUCCAUCCCGCUUUCGGUGGUGCUCUGCAACCAGGUCUCUGGAAGCCCGUUGAGCACCGCAAGUUCGCCAACCCAGCUCCUCUAGGACUAUGCGCUUUCGCUCUCACUACCUUUGUCCUGUCAUGCAUUAACAUGCACGUCCGGGGCGAAUCUUCACCUGCUAUUGCUAUUCCUGUAGCAUUUGGUUAUGGUGGUCUUGUUCAGCUUUGCGCUGGCAUGUGGGAAAUGGCUGUUGGAAACACAUUCGGUGCUACCGCCCUAUCAUCAUACGGAGGCUUCUGGAUCGCCUACGGUCUUCUCCUGACACCAACAUGGAACGUCCUCGGCGCUGAUGGUCCUUACGAGGGUGAUACUGGUUCCGUCAUGGGCUUCUUCCUGACUGGCUGGUGGAUCUUCACAACACUUCUUCUCAUCUGCACCCUCAGGUCCACCCUUGCCUUCUUCUCCCUAUUCUUCUUCCUCGACAUCUGCUUCCUAUUGCUUGCAUGCGAGAACUAUGCUCACGAUUUGGGCAACCACGGUGCUCAGCUUGCUCUUCAGAAGGCAGCUGGAUUGUUUGGGUUCUUGGCUGCGUUCAUGGCCUGGUAUAAUGCCCUCGCCGGUCUCCAAGACAGCAGCAACUCCUUCUUCCAGGUUCCCGUCAUCCACUUCCCCUGGUCUGAUGAGGGUCGGGCACACCGUCACCACAAGGCCGAGCAAAACCUUGCUUAGACGUGCAUUGAUGAAGUUUUCUUGCAUUUCACGCGUUACGACUUGGAUUCUUAUAAAAUAGGGUGUAUACGUUCCCAUUUCCGGCGAACAGGUGGCUUGAGUCCGCUGCAUUGAAGGAGUUUUAGAAGGUCAUUUCGCUGUACCGGCCAGCGAUCUUCGGCUUUUGUAUUUACAAACGCCGCUGAAGCAUUGCGGCUCAUUAGAUGGUGGUUAGCAUGUGAUAUAAUAAGCUGGAUACUGUACAUAUUUGGAAAAACGAGGAACCUCAU